AUGGAGUAUGGAAAGCAAAAAAAAAAAAAAACAGUAAUUAUUGUUAGUGUUCUUGGAGUUUUAAUCCUGCUUAUUGGAACCUUUUUUUUAGGAAGAAUAUCAGUAAAAGAUAAAUCGCCAGAACAAAAGAAUACUUUGCCCGAUAAUGACCAAGAAAUCCGAAGACUAAAAUCUGAAUUAAAUUCAGUUAAAAAUGAACUUAAUCAAUCAAACACUAGUCAAAAAAAUCAGUUAGAGAAUAAGUUAUCUAGUAUCGAAAAUAAGAUGAAAAUCCUAACUAACCAAGGUAAAUCAACUAUUCAACAAUUAGAACGAGAAAUUAAAGAGAUUAAGGACAAAAUUAAAAAUGAUAAACCAGGAGAUAAUCCGCCUGCUGAUAAAAAUCAAUUACAAUUUGCGGUUUUUUAUCAUAUUGAUUUAGGACUAAAUCAUAUGUAUCAUACUGAUAAACUAGUAAAGAAAGGAAGUCGUUACAUCGUUAACUUUUUGGCUGAGGAUGCUGGGAAAUAUGAAAAUCAAUCCCAUGUUUAUUAUUUCAGCAAAAAUAAUGAUAAAUUUAGUUUAAAGCCUGAACAAAAAAAACCAGAAAAAUCCAAAACUGAGGCAAAAGUUUGGUUUUCGGGCAAUGCGGUCAAUGAAAAAGGAGAGUAUACCGAUUACGCUUUUAUGAAUCUCAAGAAAUCCGAGCCAACCGAAGUUCAGUUGUUUUAUGUUAAUGAAAAUCGCCCCCAAAUUAAGCAAUUAGCAAGUCAAGGAAAAUUACAACAAAAAGAACAAUUUACUAUCCGUUAUGGGAAAUUUGAUAAAGAGCAUGCGGGAGAUACGUCCAAACCCAAAAAAUACAUUUUGGCAAUGUUUCCUUACCCGUCGGGUAGUGGUUUACAUGUCGGACAUAUCCGCAAUUAUACGAUUACUGAUGCCUUAGCCCCCGAACAAUAUGCCAUUCAAACUGGUAAUCAUCCGGCAACUUUUACCGAAAAAAAUAUUGAAAAUUUUAAAAAUCAAUUAUUAAGUCUAGGUUUUUCUUAUGAUUGGACAGAAAAAAAUCUGUCUAUUUCUGUUUUUACUACUCGUCCCGAUACUAUUUAUGGUGUGGUGGCAAUUGCUUUAUCCGCUAAUCAUCCUUUAAUUUCGGCAAUUGUUUUACCUAACUAUCAAAAAAAAGAAAAAAUACCAAUUUGGAUAACUAAUUUUGUCAUUAGUGAUUACGGCACUGGCGCGGUAAUGAUUGCACCUUAUUUUUCCCAAGAAACGGAAGGAGGAUUGAACCUUGCCAAUAACAGAGGAGAAUUAUCAAACAAAGAUAAAAGAAUAUCAAAAAGACCAAGAGAAGACAAUAAGAAAGAAUUACUAAAAGCAGAAGAAUUACCGUUAAAAUUGCCUUCUUUAAAGGAUUUUGCUCCUGACCCUCGUUAUUAUGCUCCUUUACAAAAAGAUGAAAAUUGGGUAAAUACAAUAAGGGGAGACAAAAUAAAAGGAAAAAGAGAUGUCAAUGUUAUGCCACAAUGA